AUGUCAGAUACUACCACCAAGAACAAUGAUUUGAAUCCUCAUCACGAAGCUACCUCAUCGGGACUUGUAUCCAAUACCGUGGAACACCUCCGAAGUAAGAACUAUCCUCCUCCAAAGUCAUUCUCAACAGUAAGAGAGAGUAGCGCACCAACAACAGAAACUGAGAUCAAUGAACUCGUAGGAUCAAUCAAGCAUGCCAAUGGAAGACAGAGUAGAAAAGAUGUAGAACAAAGGGUUCACAAACCACUGGGGAUAUUGCAGGAGAUCUACAGAGCACAAUGGCGGUGGAGCAUUUCUAGCCAUGUCAGCAGUCCCGAAGAAAAUUUGCAAGCACCUUCUUCGGUGAAUAACGACACGAACCGUAACUUCCGUGAAGGUGUUGAGGAGAGACUAGCUGCAGCAGUUAAAAAGAAUGGGACGUGUCUAGAAGGACAGAUCUGCCCCGAUGUCAAAUGUCUUGAGUCGAGUUUUCUUUGGACCGCAACAAGAGAGGGCGGAUUGAAUCCAGAAAUGCUUUCAAUGAUUUUCUGGAAACAUUUACUUCCUUGUUCAUUCAAGAUGUUGCAAUUUCCGGUGCGAUGA